UAAUGGUAUCUCUUCUCUUUGGUCCCCUGUUUUAUAUCUCAUUCUGUCUUUUCAAUCCAUUUCAUGAUAUAGGUUCUGAGUUUGAUCCCGUGACAAAGUCUCUGUCUUUUGUUGGUUGGUGGGUUUUUUGAGGUUCAUGGGGUUUGAAAUGAAACAAGAGAAAGACGUUUUGGGACUGAUCCCGAGUAAGAAUCAAGGUAAGGCUAGCAGCUCUAACCCUAGUUCUGUUAAGUCUCCUCAUAAUAAAAACAAGAAGAAGAAGAAGAAUAACAAUAAUAAUAAGAAGAAGAUGGUGAUGGCAUGGCGCCCGAAGAAGACAGAUUCUCCGGCGGAAGAGAUAACUGCGGUUCGGCGACUGUUGCUUACUUGUAAGGAAGUGUUCUCCAACGGCGGUCCUGGAGUUGUUCCGUCUGAAGAUAAAAUCCAACAGCUACGAGGAGUUCUUGACAAUAUGAAACCAGAGGAUGUCGGAUUAGCUCUGACCAUGCCGUUUUUCCGACCAGUCCCCGGACCGAGAAAUGGGUCUUCACCACGGAUAACGUACCUGCCUCUACACGAGUGUGAACAAUUUUCGAUUGCGAUUUUCUGUUUGCCGCCUUCUGGUGUCAUUCCUCUUCAUAACCAUCCAGGGAUGACAGUUUUUAGCAAGCUUCUCUUUGGUACAAUGCACAUCAAGUCGUAUGAUUGGGUGGUUGAUGCUCCAUUCGCAGUGAGAGAUCCGAAAACGCGGCUGGCAAAAUUGAAGAUGGACUCAACGUUAACCGCACCAUGCAACGCCUCCAUCUUGUACCCCGAAGAUGGCGGUAACAUGCAUCGGUUCACAGCGGAAACAGCGUGUGCGGUUCUAGAUGUGCUUGGCCCUCCUUACUGCAAUCCAGAAGGCAGGCAUUGCACUUAUUUCCUAGAAUUCCCUUUGGAUAAGUUCUCAUCAGAGGAAGACGACGUUUUGAGAGGUCAAGUGGAGAGAGAAUGUCAUGCCUGGCUGCAAGAGAGAGAUGAUAAUCCAGACGAUCUUAACGUAGUUGGAGCGUUAUACGGAGGUCCAAAGGUUGAGGACUGAGGGGUUUUUAUCCAUUGCAUUUCGAAUUGUUUUUUUUUUCCUUUUAAAUUUCGGCUUCUUAGUUUAAAUUCUUCUUUGUACAUAAAGGAAAGGAAAGGUAAACAUGAAAAAGAAAAGAUCAUCACUGUUUUAGCUUAAAUCUUCGGUCUCUGUUCAAGUUUUUUUUCUUUCUGAUAGUAACCAAAAUAAAAUAGACUUGAUCUGAAUCAGCUUUUAGGAUAUUAUGAUAAUGUUUGGAUUUUGUUUUUUACUUUAAA